AUGGUUGGACGUUUCGAGGGCAAAGUAGUAAUUGUAACAGGCUCGAGCAACGGUAUCGGACGGGCAACAGCAGUGCUUUUCGCCGAAGAGGGUGCGAAAGUCACGAUUACAGGGCGAGAUGACAAAGCACUUGCGGAAACACGAAAAGAAAUGCAAGCUGUGGGCGCAAAGAAGGAUGAUAUCGUGGCUGUACAGGGAGAUUUGAUUGAUGAAGUCAUUCAGAAGAAGAUCAUCGAUGCUACUAUCGAGCAGUUUGGAAAAAUCGACAUUCUAGUAGGUUCCGAUGAUCAGUUUUUGUUUGUUUUACAAGCAAGUAAUCAAACUGCGACUCCGAUGGGUCCAAUGUCCUGGUGGUCCGGCUACGGCAAAGUGGGAAUGGAGCAGAAAAGAAUGUUGAGAAAAAAAAAUUGGUAA